AUGGAGGCGGCCCAAGAAGCAUCAAUCCUAGCAACGAUUCGAUGUUUACCAGCGAAUUACCGAACCCAAGGCCGUCAGGAAGAAGCGGAAGACGUGCAGAAUGCACUAGAUGAAGCGGGGGAACGGUCGCCUCUCGACUGUAUCACUGUCCUGGGACUGCUCGACGAUCUGGUCGUUACUUACCUCAAACGGGGCCGAUGGAAAGCAGCACAAGACCUUGGGAAGAUCGUGGUGGAAACCCGAACGAGUCUCUUUGGCGAGGAACACCCUUCAACCGUGACCGCUAUGGGUAACUUGACAUCUGCCCACUGGGGCCAGGGCCAUUGGAGUGACGCUGCAGCCCUUGGUUCACGAGUGGUGGAUAUGAGGAAAAGGCUUUUGGGAGAAGAGGACCCACGGACGCUGACGUCAAUGACGAACCUGGCUUCAACCUACAGCAGCCAAGGCCGGUGGAGGGCGGCGGAGGAGCUGGAGAUACAGGUCCUGGAGGCCAAGAGAAGGACGCUCGGGGAGGAACAUCCCUCGACCUUGAGCUCGAUGGGGAAUCUGGCCACCACAUAUGGUAACCUGGGUCGACACAGCGAAGCCGAAAAUCUCGGGAAGCAGGUGAUCAGGGUCAGUAGCAAGGUUCUCGGUGCUUCCCAUGAAUCCACAAUCACAUGGAAGUCAAACUUGGCCUCGACCUACCGCGAUCAAGGUCGACUAAAUCACGCCGAGGAGUUGGAAGUGGAGGUUAUGGAAGCAAGGAUCGCGAGCCAGGGACCCGAUCACCCGCUGACUCUGACGGCGAUGGCGAACCUCGCGUCGACCUAUCGAGAUCAGUGCCGAUGGGCCGACGCAGCAGGUCUCGAGAAGCAGGUAGUGGAGACGAGCAGGCGAACGCUUGGCAACGACCAUCCCCAGACCCUGAUGUCGAUAUGCAAUCUCUCCUUAACGUACCGUGGUCUAGGCUUGUUAACUGACGCUGAGCAUCUGGGAAUCGACGCUUGGACAGCUAUGAAAGCAGUGCUUGGGGAACAGGACCUGCUCACGCUCAUAGCUAUGACUAACCUCGCAUUGACAUAUCACAGCCAGGGACGGUUGAACGACGCUGAGAGUCUGACUCUGGAAGCGCUGGAAAAGAUGCAGAAUAUCCUCGGCUCCGACCAUCCUCAUACUCUCACGGCAAUGGCGAAUCUUGUGACCAUAUAUGAGGGCCAAGGAAGAUGGGAGACUGCGGCGCAGCUGAAUGAGCAAGUGGUCAGAAGGAGGAGGAGUACACUGGGUGAUCAGCAUCCACAUACACGUGCUUCGAUGGAAGAUCGGCUGAUGAUCUACCGGGUCAAUAUCGCGGAUGAAAUGGCAUAA